AUGCCCUCCUGGCCCAAUCACUCGGAGUGCCUCUCCCAUAACUGCAGCUGGGAGGAGAUCCACAACACCACAAGGAAUGAUGACCCUGUCCUGCCUCCCCUCAAUUACUACUCAAUACCUCUCCUCACGGCCAUCACCAUUGCCUGCACGGUGCUGUUUCUGGUCGGGGUGGUAGGGAAUGUCAUGACCAUUUUGGUGGUCAGUAAGUACCGGGACAUGCGCACCACCACCAACUUAUACUUGUGUAGCAUGGCUGUAUCCGACCUACUCAUUUUCCUCUGUAUGCCUCUGGACCUCUAUCGCAUGUGGAGGUACAGGCCCUGGCGCUUUGGAGACGUGCUCUGCAAGCUCUUUCAGUUCGUGUCAGAAUCAUGCACCUACUCCACCAUCCUGAGCAUCACCGCGCUGUCAGUGGAGCGCUACCUGGCGAUCUGCUUCCCGCUACGCGCCAAGGCUGUGGUUACAAAAAGGCGGGUGCGCGGCCUCAUUCUUCUACUCUGGACAGUGUCUCUUUUGAGCGCUGGACCUGUGUUUGUCAUGGUGGGUGUGGAGCGAGAUAGCAUGGGACCACCAAAUUUCAGUUCAGGAAUGAAUGAGACUGGCUCUCUCCUGGAGGGCGGGGACACCCGGGAGUGUAAGAUGACGCACUACGCCGUGGAGUCAGGUCUGAUGGGGGCCAUGGUGUGGUUGAGCUCUGUUUUCUUCUUCAUGCCGGUGUUCUGUCUCACAGUGCUCUACAGCCUCAUAGGCCGUCGGCUGUGGCAGAGACACCGAGAAACAAACAUCGGCUCCCGUGUGGCUCACAGGGACAAAAGCAACAGACAGACCAUCAAGAUGCUUGUGGUGGUGGUGCUGGCCUUUGUCCUCUGCUGGUUGCCGUUCCAUGUAGGCCGCUACCUGCAGUUCCGCUCGCUGGACGCUCCGUCCCCUCUGCUGUCGGUGUUGUCCGAGUACUGCAGCUUUGUGUCGGUGGUUCUCUUCUAUCUGAGUGCCGCCAUCAACCCCAUUCUCUACAACACGAUGUCCUGGAAAUACCGGGGCGCAGCGGCGCGCCUCUUCGGCCUGAGCGACAGCCAGCCCCCACGAGGCCGCACAGCCAGCACUAUGAAGGUAGACGGCUCGAACGGCUGGACGGAGUCUACAGUCAGCUUCUAA